AUGAGCGGCAAAGGGCUCUCCAAGGAGGACACAAAGACCGAGCACCCGUUCCAGGCCAUCGUCCUGUGCGACAGCUGGGGCGAGGAACAGCGGUGGGGCCCGCUCGUCCGCCGCGCUCGCACAGAGGACGAGGAGUUCGACGAGGUCGACGUUGGAGGUGAACAGCGACCGUUCUGCCUCCUUCCGCUCCUCAACAUCCCCCUCCUCGCGUGGACCCUCGAGUCGCUGUCGGCGUCCGGCGUCGAGCAGGCCUUCCUCUUUGUCCACGACGGCGUCGAAGAGGUCCGCAAGUGGCUCGCGUCGUCGAGCUUCCAGCUCCCGAGCUCCGACAUCUCGAUCGUCGUUCGCCCGACCAAGGCCCUCACGCCCGGUGACGUUCUUCGCGAGGUCGACGGCCUCCAGAUCCUCGCGCCGGCCGACUACCUCGUUGUCCAAGCUGGCUACGUCGGCAACGUGGACCUCAAGGCCAAGGUCGACGAGUUCGCCGAGCGCAGGAAGGCCGACCCGAGCCUGUCGAUGAGCUGCAUCGUUCGCCCUAUCGUCAACAAGACCCACUCGACGUUCGCCGUCCACUCGCUCACGACCGACGCCCAGCUCCUCCACUACGAGCAGUCGUCGCUGUUCCCCAAGAUGAAGACGUUCACGGUGCCGCGCGAGGCGCUCGCCGGCGGCAAGGACGUCCACACCCGGUCCGACCUCGAGGCCGUUGGUGCCGUCAUCUGCAGCUCCGAGGUCGCGCCUUUGUUCACCGAGAACUUCGACUACCAGUUCUUCUACCCGGACUUUGUCAACGGCCUCCUCACGUCCGACCUCCUCGGCAAGACCAUCUGCUGCACGAUCCUCGAGCCGUCGUCGUCGCCGCUCUCGUCCGCCGCGACCGCCUCGUCCGGCGCCACCUCGCCGGCGUGGGCCGCCUACGUCACCAACACCAAGUCGUACGACGCCGUCAGCAAGGCGCUCCUCGCCCGCAAGGCGUACCCGCUCGCGCCCGACGAGAACAUGCCCGACCGCUCCGGUCGGUACGAGCAGCGGCGCGCGAGGGUCUACUACGGCAAGGACGUCGACCUGUCUCGCACGUGCAAGAUCUCGUCGACCUCGCUCAUCGGCCUGUCGUGCGCCAUCGGGCCCAACACGUUCAUCACGCACUCGGUGCUCGGCGCCGGCGUGCGCACGGGGUCGUCGUGCCACGUCUCGGGCUCGUACGUUUUCGCCGGCGCCCACCUCGGCGACGGCUGCGUCGUGCGCGACAGCGUCAUCGGCGAGGGCGCCGUAGUCGCGCCCGGGAGCGUCGUCGAGGGUGGGUCGCUCGUCGCGGCGGGCGUCCGGCUCGGCAAGGGCGCGAGGCUCGAGGGCUGCAGGGUGUCGCGCGAGGAGUUCGAGGGCGAGGUGCAUGUCGGGCAGGCGACGUUGGGCGAGGACGCGACGGGCUUCUUCUGGCCGGCCGAGGGGCAGGAGGACGAGGACGAUGACAGCGACGACGAGGACGCCGUCGACCAGCGCAACCUGAGCGUGACUCGCCUCGGCAACGCCUUGAGCAACCUUCGGCUCCACGGCUCGUCCUCGUCGCUCUCGAGCCUGUCGCACAACGGCUCGACCGACUCGCUCGGCACCGGCGGCUCGAUGUCGGACGACGACGGCUUUGGCGGCUCGGACGACGACGCGCCGCAGAUUGCCGGCCUCGAGUCGCUCCAGGCGACGUCGUCGGCGUCCAAGCAGAGCGAGUUCGUCACCGAGUGCGUCCACUCGCUCGACCGGUCGUUCGCCGAGAACCACACGGUCGACAACGCGGCGAUCGAGCUCAAGACGCUGCGCAUGGCGAGCAACGUGCCGCUCGGCGAGGUGCGGGCCGUCGUCAUCCCGUACGUCCUGCGGCGGUGCGACGGCGCGGCGGGCGCGUCGGCGCUGCUCGCGCGGUGGGGCGGCCUCCUCGCCAACCUGACGGGCGAGCAGGAGGAGGCCAUGGUCGACUCGCUCCUCGUCGCGCAAGAGUUUGUCGCGACCGAGGGCGCGGGCGACGCGCGCCUGUGGCUGCGCGUCCUCAAGGGCUUUUACGAGACGGACGUCGUCAGCGACGAGGCCGUCUUUGUGUGGUACAAGGACCCGAGGGCGAGGAGCACGGCGGGCGACGAUGGCAAGAAGCUGUGGUCGGCGAGUCGGCCGUUCCUCGAGGCGAUCCAGGACGACGACGACAGCGACGAGGACGACGAGGACGGCGACGACGACGAGGAGGACGACUAGACGCUCCCUUGCAACGGCGGGUCGUGCGAGACCCUG